AUGCGCAGAUGGUCUGAUCCUAUAGCGAUGGUGUUCGAGAAACGCGAACACGACGGUUUUUUGCAGCGGCUGGAAGAAAACAAUGCCGAGCCGACCUGGGGCUUUUACGUCUACGGCACGUAUGCGCGCCCGCAAGAGCAGAGCGACAAAGAUGACGAUAUCGAGGAGAGCAAAGCCCAAAAGGCAGCAAAAGGCAAGUUCAUGGAACAAUAA